CGUCGGGGCGCCUCGGUCCAGCCAGCACCAUACACAAGAGGCUGUCCACGCUCCUGCGCCGUCGACAUCCCUCUCCAUGUCGCCUUUGACCAAGAUUGAGGAAAAGAAUUUGUCCAAGGUGCACGCUUCGCCCGCGCUCAUGGGCCAGACUUCCACGGAUAGCGAGCCGAGAAGGGUGUCGGACGUCGACAGCGAGAGUGCCAUUGAUGACACAGUCUCGACACCGUCCAUGGGCCCGCAGAAGAUGCAGAGAGCCUCCUCUACUGGUGGCAUCUUUGAUCUUGACGCAGAGGAAGCUGCCUCGUCCGAGGAACUUCAGACGACACCACGAAAGAGCAAGCCGAAAGCAACGACCUCGACAACAUCAACGACAACAGCAGCAGCGGCAAAAACAGCAGACAGACCCACAGCCGUUGCGUCAUCGGAGCAGCGCUCGUCGGGCAACUUCAUCGAUCCCUUUGCCCAUGGCUUCCGGCAGCCCUCGCAGCCUCACCAUCACCAACACCGGCCUUCGCAGUCUUCUUCCUCGACGUCGUCUGACUCUGCCCAGAGUUCCCCUUCCAAGCCCACGCAUGCAGCCCCUAUCCCUGUGCCUGCGUCGGCGAGCUCGACGGCGUCAUCGUCGCUUCUGGCCGCUCCCACACCAAUUCCAACGGCAAUCAGCCCCGUGUCCAAGCACCCGCGGAGUACCUUUGACUCAACGCCGUCCUUCUCCAGUCCGCUUGCUUAUGCCUCGACGCUGCCGAGCGAAGAACAGGAGCAGGAGCAGGCCGAGGACCUGGAUCUCGAUGCGCCUGCUGAGCAUGUACCGCGGCCCCUCCAGUCGAUGGUCGGUGCGCUGGGAGAGGCACUCAAGGAGCAGCGCUCCGUCUCGCCGACUAACACCAUGGGUGUUGCCUCCAAUUCAUUAAGGAGGGAGCGCUCGACCUCGGCCCGCGCCAGGCUCUUGUGGGACAGGCAGGACACGAGCAGCCUGCAAAAAGCUGCCGCCACCUCAUCGCGCUUCGCACCUUCGACAGCCUCUUCGUCAUCGUCGGUCUCGUCGCCCUCGCUCCAGAAGGAUUCGUCGGCGGUCGACUCACCGAUGUCUCCUCCGUCGUCGACUCCGUCGUCGACCGCGGGCGCGCCUGGCGCGAGGAGAAAGGUCUCGGGCAUCAUGGGCCCACCACUGUCGAUUCCUCGCAAGAGCAGUGGCGCUAGCUCCGUACGAUCUGGACUGGGCGACUCUGAAAACACAAUCUCCAUGGGUCCUGGGCAAGGCGACCACGACGACGCCGCAUAUCCAUUGGCGAGGAAUCGGUCCAUUACCACAGGCGCAAGGCAGCCAUCGGGGGGAAGCGAGGAGAACUUUCUUGGCCUUGGCACUUCGAGCCGGUCCGUGUCAGGAUCUACGACUGGGUCUAGCGCCAGCGGCGACAGCCCAGUAAUUCAACAGCAGCCACUCUCGGCCGCAUCGCUGUCGCACUCGUCCACGGGCAGCACCUCGCCUCCUUCGUCCUGGCAAGGCUCCAUGACGGGGACGGCGACUGGCGGGCCACAGGCAUCGAGACGGAUGCGAAAUUCGAUCUCAUCGUCGUCCUUUUCGAGCAACGCACAUCGUCGUGCCAAGUCGCUUGGCGGCGCUCUGCUGGGCGAGGCUGCCACGGCCAUCGGAGGUCCCGACGGCGUCGAUCCCAAGUUUGUCGCUGCUCUCCGGGCCAGCGAUGCAGGUCUGCCGAGCACGCCGGUCAGGCAGGAGGCAAAGCCUGCUGGUACCCCUGGAGAUACGCCGGCGAAACAAAGAGAACAACAGCAGCACUUUGCCACUUCACCUCGGAAUGCCUCGUUGCCUUCGACCCCCAGUGGCUCGGUCCGCCUUCCCUCGUCUGCCUCUGGAUCAGCACGCAAGCCAGAGCUGCUCAGUGUCUUGCCCGACACAAGGGUGCUUGCGACAAGCUACCCUUCUGUGCAGAUGCCCAGCAGCAGCAAGUCAACAGGCUCGGAGGGCUCGGCGCGCACCUCACCCGCGUCAGCAAAAGUGGCCGCAUCUCCAGCGGGUCCGCAGCCGUUGUCGUCGUCAUCAUCCUCGGGCGUGCCGGAAGGCUAUGUUCGGUCUCGCGUGCGGAGUCAGACGACCGCAGCUCCACUGACUAGCACCUUUGCUGGGCCUUCACAGAUGGCCGCCUCGCUCUCCCGAUCGAGCGCUCCUCUUGGAGAGGCCAUCCGUCUGCAGCCAAUGCCCAGCUCAGUCCGCAAUGCCGGCGACAUCUACACGCCUUCCUCACCCCUGAUCUCGCGACACGAGCGCCGACUAUCGAUGGCACAGCCUUCUCCGGCCCAAGGUCUCGGCAUCGGCGGUCUCGUGAUUCCUCAGACGCCGAAUGCUACGAGGAGCCCUUCGCCACUGGGCCCUCUCGAUCCUGGAAAUGCAUCGUCAGCGUCGACCUCGGGUCAGAGCUCACCGGUCGUGCGAGCAAGAAAGAGUGUCGCCGAGGGUCCAUGGCAGCGGACGUCGGUCUCUGGCUCUGGAUCGGGGCCUGGCUCCGUUUCCAGUCUUGGACCAGCGCCGUCACCAACACCCACGCCAGCUCCUCCGGCCGAUCUUGGACAGGACGAAGACGGCAAGCCUCUCUCAGUGAGCAUCCCUGCGUUCCGGCCAGACUACAACACACCGUCGUCGGCUAUGCCAGCGCUUCACUACGAGGGCUCCCGAGCGGGUGCCAACGCCAAUGCGCUCCUGCCGAGCCCGCAGGCCGCUCCGAGAAAGCUGCCGCCUGUGGCUGCGAGAACGCCAUCAGCCUCUGGCAGAUUUGAGGUGCCAGACCUGGAUGCUCGAUAUGACCCGACGGCACGGCCAGCGCCGUGGAUUGCCAGCUCCCAAGAGGUACGGAACAGUCGGCUGGGCACCACGUCGAGGAUCGAUCGCCCCGGUUCCUCGUCCGGGCGCGCUGCGGUCGAAGGCUCGGCUGGGGUACCACAAGCGCCGCCGGCGAGCCAGUCCCAGAGCGGACAAGGCGAUCCUCUGCGGUCGAGCGUGUCUGUGAUGAACCGGCAGGGAGGCAUCGACGAGUACGCACGCAUCAUUAUCCAGUCUCGCAACGCCAAGAUGCAAAAGUGGAGAGCAAUGGCGUCCAAGAAUCCGCGCCAGGCACUCGUGCCUCUGCCAUCAAGCGAGGCAGAGGAUCUCCUGAUCGGCUCCUCUCCGGACGUGAGAGAGAACCUGCUGAGCUCAUCAGUUGGCGCUGGAGGAAUGUUGGGUGUGGCCAGGGACGACCCGUUGUGGAGACACCAGUCCCAGGCUGGUGCCACGCCCAACGUGUCCCCCGCUGGCUCUCAUCGUGGCGACACAGAGGACCAGGAGAAGGCAGAAAAGGCAGCGGGCAACCAAGAGAUCGAAUGGGUCGACUGGCUCGACGAGUACCGCAGGCUGAAGGAGGCCAAGCUCCUUUCGGAAAGGCAGGGACGCAAAGACGUCGACGCCGACGGAGACGAGGAAAUGGCAGAGGCAGAGGCAGAGGCAGAGGAGCCGCCCUCUAAAGCAAAGGCCAGGGAGGGCAGUCCCCUCUCUACGCUGCCCUCGGAUCUGUCGAGGAGCCUUUCGACGGCCAUGGGCUUCUCUGAUCAGCGUUCAGAGAGCGCAUCUACCAGUCGGCCGAGGCGCCCGUCGGAGAUGCCGACGAGGGCGAGCAAGUUUGCGCAGGAGUCCGAGCUCCGACGAAGCUCGUCCGGUCUCCUGCCCGUUCACGGCGAAGACUACGCCCUGACACCGUGGCUCUCGGCUGCCAACCCUCCUUCGUCGUCAUCGUCGACGAUGAACCGUCGUUCGAUUCUUGUUCCCGAAAAGACUCGGAACCUGUCUCUCUCGCCCAUCACAAGCCGCAUCACCUCGAGCGGCUCGCAGCAGUCGGCGACGAGCACCGGCAGGAGGAAGAAGCUGUUGGGAGGCAAGAUCGAGGCUUGGUGGGGCGCCGUCAAGUCGGGUUUCGGUUCAGGUCUUGGUACGAGCCAGCCUCUGUCCUCGUCACAGGGAACAAUGGAGCCCGGACGGAGCUUCUCGGGUGCAGGGACGACGGGUGCCGGUGGAAUGGGCCGGCGCGUUAUCACGCCUUCCUCGACGAACUCGGACAUGCAGAUGGGCGCAAACGGCGGCUCGCCCAAGCGCACCUACAAGCGAGCCAGCAUGGCUCCUGUCUUUUCUUCGCAAGCGUACAACCAGGCGCAUACACGGGCACAGACGAACCUUGCGGCCGACACUGGCCAGUCUGUCCACACGCUGCGGGCCGCGUCAUCUGCUCAGAACCUCAAGGCACUGCCGUCUCGCGCAGCCACCAUGGAUGAGGACACGCCCAUCAGCCCCAGCUCCUCGUCGCAGGCCAGUGAAGGGGUGCAGAGCCAAGGUGGCGCAAGCCGACGCCGCCAGCCACAGCUCUCGCUUCACUUUGAAAAGGGCCAGAGCUCGUUUGAUGCCGGUCCCUUUGAGCGCAUCACUCCGGCCAGAACGACGCCAUCGACGGGCGGCCGGUCAAACGUGUCGCGAGCCAUCGCUUCGUCUGCUGCUUCCUCCCCGGCUGCUGCUGCUGCCGCCGCCACCGCCGCCGCCGCUUCCUCGUCGCCGUCACCUACGGAGUCCAUCAGAAUGGCGCCUAGCGCUGCUUCGGUCGCUGCACCCAGAGGAGGGAGCACCAAAUCCUGGUCGCCAUCUGUGUCGCCCAAGGCCGCUCGACAGAGUCUCUCGGAUGCUUGGCACCCACCCCCACCUCCUCCGGCUUCUGCUGCUGCUACCACCACUACGGCUGCUGCUACUGCUGCGUCCGACCCUUCGCAGGAAUUGCGCGGCCGGAGUAAGCAUCGCAAGAAGGGCCCAGACGGCGAAACGUCAUCGUCCAGGGACAUUACCUUCCAGUCGAUUCGCGAGCACAUUCACAACCGCCUGGCUGGCUCAAAGGAGAGCUGCGACAAGGAGCUCCGCAAGAUUGUCACGGCUGUCAAUGCCUUUGUCGAGGAGAGCAUCCUGCAGCGCGAGGAAGAGGAGGAAGAGCAGCAGCUGGAGCGCGAGCGAGAACGGGAGCGCGCGGCCUCGAUUGUCGCGAGGCUCGAGGUUGAAGGUGCUGGCUCAGCAUCGACGGACAGCGAGGGCGUCUUUACAGUCGACCAGACUUCACAUGCCCUCCCCUCUGGCGAUGGCGAAGGCGAAGGCGAGACGAGCGCUCUUCUCACGCCGGCUGACGAACAUGGCAGCAUGCUAGCGACUCCGAGACAGGUCCAGAGUGGGUCCCCCAAACACGACUACAGACUGCCGAAGCCACCAACGCUGGGCCAGGUGCAAGCGGCCGCGGCAGCAGCAGCAGCAGCUUCGGCAGUAGGACCGAGGUCUUUGUCGCGCCAGGCGCUUCAGCGGACACGCUCACGGGACCCGUCUGACUCUCGAGACACCUCACGCUCUCACUCGCCCAUGCCUGGCGCCCAGCUCAGCUCCUCGUUGACUCCCGCCGACUCGCCACAAUACUCGCCCGCCCGACGCAUCCGGCCUCUGCCCACCGAAGAUGCUCCUCUGGACCCGUACAUUCCCGCUCUUCAGGACAUUGUGUCGAUCGCAGUCGACGUCAUCGACACCUCGAUUCAUUCACUCACUGCCCGUCCUGGCGCAUGUUCAGAAAUCAUCGCCAAGGUCCAAGACGUGGGAAGGAACUGGGAUGAGCACAGCGAUUGGCCCGGUAGGGGAUGGUACGUCCAGCUUCUGCUCGCCGUUGCAGGUCUCAGCCGGGUGGUUGAGUGGUGGGAGGCCGAAAAGGGCUUUUGGAACUUUGAGGGAGACGAUGACGAUGCACAGGACGCCGAGCCAAUCCGCUUCAUCGUGCGAGGAGGUGGUCAUCAUCACGGUGAAGGCGGGGUAGGCGAAGCAUCACACAGCCCUGCACGAUUGAGGUCAUCGACGGCCGGCUUUGCUGGCCCUCUGUCUUCGUCGGGAAUCACCGCCACGGCGAUUACGAACACGCCGUCGGCGUACAGUAGCGGUACAAGCUCCCCGGCGAUGGAACCGUGGGAUCGAAGAAACACGGGCGAGAGUGGCGAGCGUUCGCGUCUGGCCACGGCGCAUACACAGUCGCAAGACUCCGAGGUCGCACCCAUGGCUGCCACCUAUGGGCCGUUCCCAAGAGGGCAAGCUGCCGAGGCCACGUCGACAGAGGCAGGCGUGGAGAAGGAAAAGGCAGCAGCAGGCGAGAGCGCCAAUGUCCUCAUGGAGCUCAGCCUCGACGGCGAGCGCUUCCUCUAUCUCAGUCCAGCGUGGCGCAAAGUCAUUGGGUCUGAUCCGCUCACUCUCUUCGACCACAGCAUCUCGGAGCUCCUGGCUGCUGGCGAUGCUUCGACCUUUGCAGAAGCCACCAGCCAGCUGCAGGCAAACGACUCGCACACCGUCGAGGCCGCCUUCAGGCUGCGUGUCGAGCACGAGGCUGUCGCUGCCUCUCUGGGGCAGGACGUGUACGACUUUGGCGAGCAGACGACCUUCUACCAAGAGAUGGAAGGCUACGGCAUGCUGAUGCAUGACCGGCUCAGUGGGAUGCCCUCGCAUACCAUGUGGGUCUUUAAGCCCGUCAGUGCACCAGAGGCCGAAGCGGAUCUGUCGCCCGCCGCCCACAAACCUUCGCCACCGCCGGCUUCGACUCUGCUCACGACGCAUGGCGAGGGAAGCCCGUCAGACGCAGCGGCAGCUGCAGCAGCUGCGGCAGCGCCCCUUGAUGCUGCUGCCUUGGCUGCGACGACGGCAUACUCGAUGGAGCCAAUCCUCUGCCGCAUCUGCGAGCGUGACAUUCCCACUGGCUUCUUUGAGAAGCACUCUGAGAUCUGCCACGAGGUGCAUCGGCUGGAGAUGGAAGUGGCAGAGGCAAACGAGACGCUGGCCGAGCUGAGAAGGUCGACGAGGGUCAUCAUUGCCAAGCUCGAUGAAGAGGGUACGCCAGCCGCCGAGGGAGGAGGCACAUCCACGCCCUCGUCGGAGCCGACCAACGAGGCUGGCGGCGAAGAAGCCAAAGACAUGCCGCCAGCAGAGUAUCGGAGCAUAGCGCUCAGCACGCCACCCGCCUCGGCGGCGCGUCCGUCGGCGCUGGAGGCCGUCAAUCGGUCGCUUUCGCCCAGACAUGCGAAUCCUGCUGCCAUCCGUAAGAUCCACCUGCGCGCCCUCGACACGAUCCUCGACAUCUUGAGGACAGCAGGCUCGAUUUCCACGCCGGGAACAAAGGACGACGCUGCCACAUCGGACGAAGGGCCGAUCGAGAAGCAGCGCUUGCUUUCGCCAGAGUCCGAGGGCAAAGUCGUCCAGGUCCGCAACUGGCGACGGCCCGCGACGGGCGACGACGCAGCGUUGGACCUGCUCUGUACAGACGUCGAAGCCGCAAUGAGGAGCAAGCUCAGCGCCGUCAAUCGAAUGCUCAACACGAUCUUCUACGUCGAAACGGUGCGCAUGGAGUGGGAGAGCAGAGUCGAAGCCGUCUUGGCUGGCGUGUCUGGCCCAGAGGGCGAAGAAGGCUCUGUGGGCAGCGAAGGAGGGGAGGACGCCUCUGCAGAGGACAAGGAUAGUAGCGCUCAAGGCCAUUCCGAGAUGGACGCAAGCGAGGAGAGCAAACCCAGUGGAGAUGAGGAAGGGGAAGGAGACGACGACGCUGUCAAAAUGACAUCGAGAGAGCCACAGACGACCGAAGAGCAGGACGAAGUGGACGAGGUAGACGCAUCGGCCUUGCUGUUGGAGGAGCCCGAGACGCCGGCAGCGAGUGCUGCGACGCCUGGAAUGUCAAAGGCCGUUGCGGCAACCGAUGAUGAAAUCCCUGCUUUGGAAGGGCGCAUGGGCGGUUCAUCUAUCGAGCAGCAUCAGACAGCCAUUCCCAUUCCGACGUCGACCAGACGGCCCGUCGUUGCUUCGCCCGCCGCUGGCCCGACACGCUUGUCGAGGCAGUCGAGCCGGGACGUGCUCGAUGGAGCCCAGAGUGGUGGCAGCAUUGACUCUCCUCAGCUCCAGGCGCAGCCUCAUGCUCACCAGCCACGUCAUCAGCAGGGCCACUCUCGCAGGGAAAGUGUCAUUGCUUCAGCAAUGGACAGGUCACUGAUCCAGACGCCGCCGUUGUCGCCCUUCCACUCGCCCUUGGAGAUCAACACUCUCACGGACCAGCGCAGGCAACACGCAAAUCGACGCAUUUCUGUCUCUCAUCGGCUGAGCCCGCAUCUCAGCUCAUCGCUUCCCCUGUCACCGCGCAUGGGGCCCAUGGCACCUUCGUCGCGGCCGACGGCAUCAUCGAUCAAGGACUUUGAGAUCAUCAAGCCCAUCAGCAAGGGUGCCUUUGGUUCGGUCUUCCUCGCAAAGAAGCGGACGACGGGCGACUACUACGCCAUCAAGGUGCUCAAGAAGUCAGACAUGAUCGCCAAGAACCAGAUCACAAACGUCAAGGCCGAACGAAUGAUUCUCAUGACGCAGACGCAGUCGCCCUUUGCUGUCAAGCUCUUUUUCACCUUCCAGAGCGCAGAGUACCUCUACCUCGUCAUGGAGUACCUGCCCGGUGGAGACUGUUCGUCUCUGGUCAAGAACCUGGGAGGUCUCUCUGAGGAGUGGGCCAAGCAGUUCAUGGCGGAGAUCGUCAAUGGGCUCGAGCACCUCCAUGCCAAGGGUAUUGUCCAUCGAGACAUGAAGCCGGACAACCUCCUUAUCGAUCAGCGCGGUCACCUCAAGCUGACUGACUUUGGCCUGUCCAAGAUUGGUCUCCUGGGUCGUCAGACUCGCCAGCAGAUGGCCACUCGCGGAGCAGGCAUGGCUCAAAGCCAACAGCACCAGGACUCAUCGUCUAAUGAAGGAGGAAGCUCGCUGCCCAGCUCAGCUGCACCGAUCACUCCUUCAUCUGCGAUGCUGGAGCCCAAGCCCGCGACAUCGCGCUUUUCGAUCCCCGAGACGCCCGUAUCGAACAUGGCUCAAGCACAAACGUUUUAUGUCGGUUCUGCCGGUAAUCCAGGACUGAGGAGCCGGAUCAUGAGCGCUUCAACGGACGCCAGUGAUUCGAGCAGCUCAGAGGGGGCGAACAAGGCAAAACCGAUGGCCGUGCCUGGGGCGACUACGCCCCUCGACAGUCCGAGCAACAUAUUCGGUGUCAGCAUGCUGCCCGAGCCGGUGUUUGGCAGCAGCCAAGGCCGCACCGUGGCAAGCGUUCAGCAGACGUCCGGACCCACAUCGAGUGGAUCGGGGGCCCAGCUGAAGAAAUUCGUAGGCACGCCGGACUAUCUGGCUCCGGAGAGUAUCCUCGGGUUGGGCAUGGACGACGCUGCAGUGGACUGGUGGGCGCUCGGUGUUAUUCUCUAUGAGUUCCUCUACGGCUACCCGCCGUUCCAUGCCGACACGCCAGAGAAGGUCUUUGACAACAUCCUCUCGAGAAACAUUGACUGGGAGGAGGACAUUGCCGACAUUUCGCCAGAGGCCAGGGACCUUAUGGAAAGACUGAUGAGGACUGACCGAAAGACUCGCUUAGGCACGCAGGGUGCAGAGGAGAUCAAGAGGCAUCCUUUCUUUGAAGGCAUCGACUGGGACAAUCUCACAAAGGAGGACGGGCCUUUCGUGCCGCAGAUUACCGACCCGGAGUCGACAGACUACUUCGAUCUCAGAGGCGCGGUCCACCAAGAAUUCUCCAGCGAGGUCGCCGAAUCGGUCUCCGCCUCUGGACGCCAGGCGACAGGCGGAGCGGGGCGAGGCGACAUGCGAGACUUUGCGCGGGCGAUCGACAGACGGAGCCAAUUGGUGCCUAGUCGUCCGCCGUCUUCGCGAGCACUCCGGAUGCGCCUCGACCGAGCCAAGACAUUGGAGCAGCCAGCGGAGUCCGAAUUCGGACCAUUCUUUUACAAGAAUCUGCCGGUGCUGAAGGAGGCCAACGAUCAGAUCCUGCGCAAGAUACGCACGGAGCCUGUGCCUGGUCAGACCCCGGCUUCCGAGGCGCUUCCCGUGACCACGCCCCCGACGAUGCCAACCGUAAUGUUGGCAAGUACGCAAGCAGGGCCCGUCUCGAUCGCCCACUCAGCGUCGCAUACAGCCCAUGGCAGACAUGGAAGCAUGUCGAGCAAGGCCGGUCCGGUGCCGAUGGGCACGCCGACAGGUGCAAGCGCAGGUAGCGGGAGUGUCAGAGGGCCACCGUCGCCCUCGACUUCCGUCUCAUCACACAGCUCUGUCCCUUCGCGAUCCACUGCACCUACUUCGCCCUCUGGCUUGCCGCUUCUUCACAAGGGCACAGCAGCCCAAGCUUCCGGUCUCUCGCAUUCCAAAUCCCUCUCGCGCACGCAGCCGCAUCGACGCAGGCCCUCGGAGCUCUCGGCGAGCGCCAACAACGUCAUUUCCGUUGGCUCACCGUCCUUUUCGAGCAUGGCUGCCGCUGCUGGCUCCUCGUACGGCGCAGGUGGUUCCUCUUCGCUGCUGGACCGCAAGCGCUCGCAGCUGAUGGACAUUGGUCAAGGAGACGAUUCGGAGGAGAGCGGAUCGCGAAGGAGCUCGAUGCCGAGCCGACUGAGAACGACCUCGAUGUCGGCUACAACGGGAGAGAGGCCGGCGCUGGCGGUGCCGUGGCAACAGCAGCGGGAGUCCUCCGCCUCGCCGCAGCAUCAUGGGCAAGAGCGCCCAGACUUGCCGAGGCUGGCGACGACGACGGGGUCACUGGAGCCAGAGCACCACCUGACCGCGCCCGAACAACGUCCCUUCCCCCAGCAGCAAGCCGCUGAAGACGAUUUCAACGGACCUCCUUCGUCGUCGGUGGCUUGCCUCAUCGCCGAAGACAACCCCAUCGCCCUCAAGAUGCUCGAGACGAUCCUCUCCAAGCUGGGUUUCGGACCAAUCACUUGCGUCCGAAACGGAGCCGAAGCUGUACGCCUGGCCAUGUCGGAUGUGCGCUUUGCCAUCCUCUUUGUCGAUGUCCGCCUACCAAUCGUGAAUGGACAGGACGUGGCGAGGAUGGUCAAGAGCACCAGAAACGUGAACAGCGUGACGCCCAUCGUUGCCCUCGUCUCCUCGAACAGCGUCCUCGCAGAGCAACAGCAAAGCUUCGACAGCGGUGCGGCCGGUCCUGGACAGGAAAGCUCGGGGACAGGGGCAGCGACGGGAUUCGAUCCGGCGCUGUUCGAUGCAAGCCAGAGCAUCUUUGAUGCUGUACUCGCCAAGCCCGUCGAGAAGACGGAUGUAUGCGCUAUCUUGCCACGGCUCGGCUUCCAGGAGGUCGCUUUUUCUUCGUCGCAUCAGCAAAACCAGCAGACGCAGAGCAGUGCAAAGGUCGGGGAGGAGGGAGAGUGACGACGACGACGACGACGAUUUUUAAUGAUUUCCCUUUUUUUUCUGUUUCUUGUUUCUCGAGACGACGCAUUUUCACUCACAUAUGUUCUAUCAGACCACAGUCAUCGAGCCAAGUAGCUUGUUCUUUUAUAACGUUUCAUCCUCUAAUAUCGAUCGUGACUUGCCAAAA